AUGAUCGACGCCAACAGCUUCUGCACAGUACUCGAGUACUGCGACGGACACGACCUCGACUUCUACCUGAAACAGCAUAAGUCCAUACCGGAGAGGGAGGCCCGCAGUAUCAUCAUGCAAGUGGUCCACGCACUCAAGUAUCUCAACGAAAUCAAGCCCCCCAUCAUCCACUACGACCUCAAGCCCGGCAACAUCCUAUUGGGUUCGGGCGCCGUUUCGGGCGAAAUCAAGAUCACCGACUUUGGUCUGAGCAAAAUCAUGGACGACGAGAACUACUCGCCCGACCACGGCAUGGACCUGACCUCACAGGGCGCCGGCACCUACUGGUACUUACCGCCCGAGUGUUUCGUUGUCGGCAAAAAUCCACCAAAAAUUUCAUCCAAAGUUGACGUGUGGAGCGUAGGCGUGAUUUUCUAUCAGUGUCUUUACGGCAAAAAACCGUUCGGACACAACCAAUCGCAAGCGACUAUUUUAGAAGAAAAUACUAUUUUAAAAGCAACUGAUGUCGAGUUCGCGGCCAAACCUUCGGUNUCACAAAAUGCUUAAGUUAUCAAUAGA